CAAUAAUACUAUAAUAAUAAUAUUACAUAUAAUACUUCGAAGGAGCAUAGUCUAUUAGGCCAGAGAAGGUAAUAAGCAGCUAAACGAAGACGCAGUUCUAAGCCCAUUUCCUAAUACGUACAUGUAUUAUUUAACUCGGUUUGACCACCUGACGAACUACCCGAUGUAUCUUAGUAUCCUGGUAUCUCUGUAGGUAUCUGUGUACUGUACUGUCUUGUCCGUACCUGCCUAAACGUUCCUACAUUAUUAUCUAUACUGGAUAUCCAUAAAAAUUUAUUUUUUGUGCAAUGGACUGAUCUUUGUUCCUUCUUCAAUUCCCAAGGGGUUAAAGAAAAAAAAAAUAUUAUUACAGAUCAUCAGACGGCUUUUUCUUUUCCCAGUGUCCGCCCUCCACCCAUCAGGUCCUAAUCCAGCCAAUACCUCUCCUAAUCCACCCACCAUUGCCGACGAACACCUCUUGCUUUGCUUUUUGCUCCCUCUUUCUUGUCCAUCUUGUAUCAUUCUUUACCCGGUAAGACACGAGCUGUACCAAGGGGAAAAAAAAGAUAAAUAAAUCCUCGAGACGAUUAUUUUGUUGUUCUACUCUCUACGUGGUCGGCAAUGGCCUCUUCCAAGGAAAUGCAAACACCAACGAGGCCAUUGAACCAGCACCGUCAAUCAAUCUCUUCUACCUCGGCGUCUUCCUUAGGCCCUUCGAGACCAUUGUCCCAUUCACGCAACAACUCCCACACAUACUCCGCUUUGUCCGGCGCCCUCAAUGCCACCCACCGCGUAACACGUCGGAAGAGUAUGACUGGCACCGCUGCCAACGUCGCGGCUGUCGCGGCCGCUCUCGAAGAAGCAGGGGAUAAGGUUGGACCACUACCUAUUGCUGUCAAUUCCCGCCGCGGUACCAUGUCCAAGCCUGCCACCGCCCGACCUACCAUCGUGGGUAGCUUACCUUCUCCGCCUGCUAGCUUGCCAACCCAUAGAUUCUCGAUGAAUAUGAAAUCCGAGGGCCCAGAAAACGCUAUCGACGACUCCUCGAACGACAUGUCCGCCGAUGAGGGAGAAGAGGGUCCCCAGAAAGCUCGCAUGCGACGGGCGAGCGAUGGUCAGCCGCUAACAAAGGAGGGUAGGAAGAGCAACCGAAUUGAACUCCGCUGCGACAAGUGCGGGAAAGGAUACAAGCAUAGCAGCUGCUUGACUAAGCAUUUGUGGGAACAUACUCCCGAGUGGUCUCUCACGUCCAAGCUGCUUAUAUCCAAGCACCAACAAGUUCAACUGCUCGAGGCGGCCUCAGUUCUUGUCGCCAUGAACACCGAGGCAACCACUCCUCCCGACUCUACCAAAGACUUUGCCAGCGACCCCGAAUCCGCUUCUCCCACCGCCUCUGGGUACUCAGACCUCCACGAUGGUCGUAGUUCAGCCGAUACCACCCCACCUCCGCAUUUGGACGCUUUUAGUGCCAUGAAUUCUUUUGCUUAUCAUACGGCUUCCGAGAGGGACAGCAAUGGGAAUGGCUUUGCGCGAUCGUACCAGUCAGCCGUUUCGGGCUCGUUCUUCUCAGGUAGCGUACCAAACGGGAAUGGAUUCGGUCACGCUCGUCAUGCUAGUUCGGACCGGCGCCCCCCUUCUUCAGGAAUGAACAGCACUGGCCAAGAUGAUCGCGACCUUGCAACGGCCAUUGAGUUGCUCAGCUGCAGCUUUGGUAGUAACGGAGGGGCCCGAGAUUCUAGGCUCCCUGACGAUGCUCCCCCCGUACCACCGCUACCUGCCCAGUAUCUCGAUCACGCGGCUUUUACCAGUACGAGUUUUAUCAACAGCUUUCCAUCAGGUCAGAUGCCGGAAAGUUUUACUCGGGGUGAGCUUCGGCAUACCGAGGACGUGAAGAUGGAAGAUAGUGAAAGUAGCAUAAUGGAUGAAGACGAAGGUGAAGGACGGUUUAGGGCGCGCAGCAGCGAGGAAGACGAUGAUAUGAUGUUUGGCCGUAUGGAGGAUUAAACUUGAGAUCGCUCGCCCGCUCGCUCAUCAGAGACGGCACGAAACGAUAAAUGGCUCUAGUUGUUUCCUUUGUGUCACAUAUCAACUUCUGGAAACGAGGUGGUUCCGCUCCGCUACCGAAAUCUCAGCACCGAAGAAUGGGGGGCUCUAGGUACGAAUACUCUAAGGCAUGCUCCAAGAGGUUAAAGUGAGGAUCGGAGAAAAGCGUCGAGCGAACACCCAACCUGUCGAAACUGUAGGGAAAGUGUGAAUUUCAUUAGGCAAAGCGUGUGAUAUCUAUUAACAGGGCCGAUGACACCCAUCUAUUUACCAUGAAUGAAUACCAACUCAAACGCAACUUUUGACUUACUAGAAUAUACUUGACCAAAAAUAUAGUUGGAG